UUUGUCUGCACAGAGCCAUCCCAUUUAUGCCGGUGGCUGUAUGUGCAGCUGAACAGACAGACACAGACAGUUGAAUGAGAGAUAGAGCAAGAGGCCUCAAGUCAGCAACACCACAGCAUAUGUGGAAAAGGACAGUCUCCUUUUACUUAUUUUUUCCUUCUCACCACCAGGAUUGUGCUUCACAUUUUAAGUUUUUGUUCUUGUUUUUUUUUUUUUUACUCAUCACUUGUUGGAGAAGCAGAGAAUGUUGCUCAGCUUGAUCUGUUGCAGCAAAAGCCUGUUCUGAAUGUGUUCAACUGCCAACUGUGUUCUCCCUCUGAGGAGACCCUGUGAGGUAUUAGGUACUCCAGGCAGGCUUUGUGGGGGAGUGUCCAUGUCAACUAAUUUCCCUGGAGCCAGGUCUCAUGGAGCUGCUCAGGACGCAGAGAUGGAUGUGGCUUGGCAGGAGCUGAUGGCCAUCACAGAGCUGCAGGAGUUUGAAGUCCCAAGUGAAGGCUCCUAUGAAACAACACAAUACCAAACCAUGGAGCCCAUGGUACCUAUGGGAGGAUAUGGGAUGGCUCAGCCACAUUCAGAGCCUCCUCCUGCUGCCACUGAGCUCAACUCUGCCCACACUUAUGAUGGAUGUUACUCUGGAGAAGUGCCUGCCUGUCGUCUAAACACCAACGUAGAGUUGGUGUACGGACACUCGGACUCUCAGCUCAAUCAAAGAAUGCUCCCCAUCUCUUCUCACACGCAGCCCUCACAUGUUGCUGUUAGGGAACAGAUUUCCAGUCAGGGGCACAGGAGGGCCAACGCUUGCCUCUCUCAGGACCUACGUCAGCACAUGCUGUGGACUACACAUGGACCAGGUUCACACUCUCGACCAGCUGAUGAUCUAGAGUCAGACUCUGGUCUGUCUCUGGGUUCUAGCCCACCUUUAGCCUCCCCAGAUAAUCCUGUUGGUGGUGCCCCAAGUUACCCGAGUGUAGAAAUAGGCAUGACAUAUAGUGAUGGUGAACCAGACAUCAUGGCUGAGCACACCAGAAGAGCACACGUCCAUUACCCCAUGGACUACCAGAGUCAGUCUCACUCGUAUAUACACUCAGGUGCCCAUCUAUCCUUUUAUUCAUCCCAUCCCAUUUCAUCUCAAACACAACCCAAUGCUUUGACCCCUCGGUCAGUGAAACAGCAGGGCCAGACCUCUGCGCUAAGCAACAUGUAUAUUGACUCUGGAGUGUCCAGCAGAGGGAGCCCACAACAUAACAUGUACAUGAAACCACCAGGAAGUAUCUCCACCCCGGCUCCGCUGAGCAGAGACGAGCGGCGCGCCAUGGCUUUGAAGAUCCCAUUCCCCAUGGAGAAGAUUAUCAAUCUACCUGUGGAUGACUUCAACGAGCUUUUGACACAGUUUACUCUGACAGAUUCUCAACUAGCACUGGUCAGGGACAUAAGACGGAGAGGGAAGAACAAGGUGGCGGCUCAGAACUGCAGGAAAAGGAAGCUUGAGAGCAUAAUUCACCUUGAAAGAGAACUGAACCAGCUGCAGGCCCAAAGAGAUCAUCUGACACAGGAAAGACUCGAGUUCCAGCGCAGCUUGUCCUUUAUCAAGUGUCGCCUUACAGACCUAUAUUCUGAAGUAUUUUCUCACUUAAGAGAUGAAGAUGGACAGCCCUACUCGAUAGAUGAAUACAGCCUACAACAGACACCUGAUGGUAAAAUUUAUUUGGUACCUCACACAACUAUGCAAAAAAGGGAGCACUGCUAAACACAUUAUUUAAUGCCCUUACAAAAGGUAAACUGCCUGAUUGUGCCAACUGAAAAAAACUGUCUGGAUGUUACAUUUCAUAUGGUUAGGACUUAACCCAUUAUCUAAAACUUGCCAUACAUGUAUCAAUGGACAUUUUUCAUGCUCUUAAAAGUGACUGAAACCACACCAAAGUGCCAUAGAAAAAUACUUUAUUAAAAAAGUAAGACACUGCACAGCAGUCUGUGGUAAAAAGGAGAUAAAAAUGUAUAUAAAAAAUAGUCUUCAUCACCAGCAUAAUUGUUCAGGAAACCUGUGAAAAAAAAAGAUUAUAAUAAAACCAACUCUGAAAGACCAAAAAAAGUGAUGUGCAAGGUUUCAAUGAUUUUUACCUGAUAGACCCAUGUCACUGAAAUGCAGAAAUGAAGUCAGGUUUAGGAGACCAUGUGAGGAGUUUUCCUGGAAAGCAGAAAUGUUAAGUGAGUAAAAAGCAAUCUUUUCCACAAAAAAAAAAAAAGUUCAUCUUUCUUAACAGCAUGCAAUAUGUUGCAGGACCUCUAUGCACAAGGAGGCCAAUUUUACCAGUCAACAUUGGUGUAAGUCAUAAUAAAACUUGUUUGCACAAAAAUGUUACGUCAUUACUUGGCUACACAACUUACUACCAGCUACAUAACAAAAUCAAGACAUACUAUCAGUAGUUGAGAAGUCUGGUCUUACCUACUGACAGCACUUAAGCCUUUUGGUAGCUGCUGCCUGCUAGCCUCAGGCUUCUGUUCUCACUCUCCCCUGCUUCAAUGAUCCUGGCGGUGGUUUUGCUACUUCUCUCCCUCAGCUGGCUUCCAUGACUAGCCUCAAAGACUUUGCAUGUAAGCUAGCAUCUUCCAGAUGAUGUUUGCAGAGCUCAGGGUAGUCUGUA